AUGAAUCGACGGCGUCCGAAACCGAAACCACGGCGGACGAUCGCCGAGAGGGAGACGGCGGCGUCGCAGCAGACGACCUCUCUACCCGACGCGAUCCUCCAACAACACAUCUUCUCCUCGAUUCCGACAAAGCUCGCCAUCAGAACCUCCGUUCUGUCCAAGCGAUGGAGGCACGUAUGGUCCGAGACACCUUCUCUCUCCAUCGACUGCCAUAGAUCCGAAUCCGACCCUGAAUCGGUAAAUCUAACCUUAGCCAGACACUACUCGUCUCCCAAAAUUACGAGCUUCCAUCUCGCUAUCAGCUGCAAGGCUCGCCGGAACAUUGACAACUUGAUCGAGUUCGCCAUGUCUCGCAACACGGAGAAGCUGUCUCUUGACUUCCAUGAAUCUUACACUGGUGCUUACAGUUUUCCUGAUUCCUUCUACGCCAGUUGCUCUUUAAACCAGCUCUUGCUCGAAUCGGCAACUAUUGAUUCGAUUCCUACCACUGUGUCUUGGACAUCUCUAAAGACAUUGUCUUUGAUGGGUUGUGUUCUCUCUGAUGAGUCAUGUGCUAAGAUCCUCUCUGGCUCUCCACUGCUCGAAUGCUUGACUUUGUAUUGUGGUGAACUCGAGCGUCUUGAUCUGAGCAAAUCUCCGCGGGUAAAGAGUUUGGAUGUAGAAAUUUUAGAGCCAGUAAUGGAGAUUGUGGCACCGCACGUUCAUCGUCUGAGGUUGAGUCACAGUGAUGAGUCAAAAUGUAGUUUAGGGGAUGUCUCUUCUUUAACCGAAGCUAGAUUGAACAUCCGCUGUUCAAAACGUCUUGGUUUCAUGUUUGACGACUUUGGCGAUCCUGAAACUGGUUUCGCUAAUUCGCUUCAAGUGAUGGUCCUAGAGACGCUAGUGAAGUUGCAGAAUGUGGAGAAACUUACCUUGUCUCUUCAAGACGCUAGGAGUGUUGUCUCACCAACUACUUGUAUUGGAAAGGCUUGGAAACGCGUGAAUGUUGGAAACCGAAGGGUUUGGACUUGUCUGAGCCGAAACUCAUGA